AUGAAGUCCUGCAACGAGGUGGAGGGGGACGUCAGCCUGACCAGCGGAGUCUACACCGUCUAUCCAACCCAGUUUGAUCUGGAUGGUGUCAAGGUGUACUGUGACUUUGACACAGACAGGGGGAGCUGGACGGUUUUCCUGAAUAGGGAAAAUGGCAAAUUGAACUUCUACAGGCCCUGGGAAGCUUACCUGCAUGGCUUUGGGGACCCUGCUGGAGAGUACUGGCUCGGUCUGGAGUACCUCCACGAACUCACCGAGGAUGGACCCUAUCAGCUGCGAGUCGUCCUGGAGGACUUUGAUGGAGAGUGUGUGUACGCUCAGUAUGAUUCCUUCUAUAUUGAUGCUGAGUGUGACGGCUACAAGCUGCACGUGUCAGGAUUCACCGAUGGGGGCGCCGGAGACUCUCUGAGUGUUCAUAAUGGGAACAAGUUCUCCACCUUUGACAACGACCAAGACAACAGCACAACAAACUGCGCACAGCGUUUCCUUGGGGCAUACUGGUACAAUGCGUGUUAUGACAGCAAUCCUACUGGGAUUUAUCAAUGGGGCCAUGUUAUCGAUCGCUUUUCUAAUGGAAUGAUUUGGUCACAGUGGAAGGGUCUCGAGUACUCAGUGAGGGGUGUCAAAAUGAUGUUCCGUCCUUUACCUUCUCCCUCAGAAGCGGGACAGGACAUCUCCAGAGACGGCGCUCUGCAGCUCACAGCUCCCAUCAUGCCUGAGCCACAGAGCAGGAGCAGAUUCAGCACCGAGGAACAGCGUCGAUAA